AAAUCCUCAAAGCCUUGCUCCCAGCAAUAAAGUCACCCCCAUUGUUUGAGCUUGCUCUCACUCAAAUGGCCACCACAUCAAUGCAAAUUAUAUUGUCAGUUCUCUUCUUAUUCUGUCUGCUCGGUAUCUGCAGCUGUUUCCAUGGCUCUAACAGAGAUGAUGGAGGUUGGCAAACUGCCCAUGCCACAUUCUAUGGUGGUGCUGACGCUACCGGCACAAUGGGGGGAGCAUGUGGUUAUGGAAACUUGUAUAGCCAGGGGUAUGGAACGACCACAGCAGCUUUGAGCACUGCACUUUUCAACAAUGGCUUGAGCUGCGGUGCCUGCUACGAGCUGCGGUGCAAUGAUGACCCCAAAUGGUGCAUUUCUCGAACAAUAACCGUGACUGCCACCAACUUUUGUCCUCCUAAUUAUGCUUUAUCUAGUGACAAUGGUGGGUGGUGCAAUCCCCCUCGACAACACUUCGAUUUGGCAGAACCUGCUUUCUUACAGAUUGCAGAAUAUCGAGCUGGCAUUGUUCCUGUUCUCUUCAGAAGGGUUUCUUGCGUGAAGAAAGGAGGCAUCAGAUUCACCAUCAAUGGCCAUUCCUACUUCAACCUGGUCUUGAUAACAAAUGUGGGAGGUGCAGGGGACAUAACUUCCGCCUCCAUCAAGGGGUCCAAAACAGGGUGGCUACCCAUGUCAAGAAAUUGGGGUCAAAACUGGCAGAGCAAUGCCUACCUUAAUGGCCAAAGCCUCUCUUUUAAACUGACUGCCAGCGAUGGCAGGACUACCACCAACUACAACGUAGUGCCCGCUGGCUGGCAGUUCGGACAAACUUAUGAAGGAGAUCAAUUCUAGAGAAAUUGUUUCCAAAUAUAUAUAUAUAUAUAUAUAUAUAUUUAUCAGGCACAUGAGCGUAUUAUGCAGAGGUAGCAAAGUGGCGCCCGCUAGCUUUAUGUGUGAAAUUGGCGAGCAAGUGCCAUAGCCUAUAUAGGUACAUAUAUAUAUAUACUGGCUCCAACUAUUUAGUUUGGAGGGGAAUAAGCUGAAUUUUCCAUAAGAUAAUCUGUCGGGAAUUGUUAAUUUGACCAUAA